UCUAACAUAUAAAAUGAUUCUUAUUUUUAAAUUAUAUACACACAUUGUGAGGAAGAGAAACCCUUUUAAAUACUACAUUUACGCAUAAAAUUUCAUUCACUAUUCAUUUAAUUUCAUUUCAAUGGACAUCUUUCACAAAUCACAUUACUAAAGCUAAACUGUCAAUUCUGUGUGUCAAUGUCAGGAAAUUGACAGCAUUCAAUUGUUCAUUAUUGCCAUUUUACAUUGUCAAUGUCAAAAUUCGAUAAUAAAUGUUGGGCUAAUGGAUUUGAUUGGCGUCGUUUUUUAGGAAAAUUCUAAGGAAAGAAUAUCUUUAUUAAAGUGAUUUUCUGUUAACAAAAUACCUAAAAUGUCUCUAGAUACGCCUUGUCAGUGUUGCUUAUUGCGGCCACCAGAUAAAGAUUUGAAAUCCACAUAUAGAAUGCUAGGAAAAUCCGAAGUGUAUGCCGAUAUGCUGAAGGAGUGUUUUGAGAUAAAUAUAUUGGCCAUCGAAGGUGAAGGUGGUAUAUGUGAGAUAUGUAUCACACGUUUAAGAGACGCAUAUGAUUUCAAGAGACAAGUGCAGCAGUGCCAGAUAAAUAUGCAAGAUAAAAUUAGAAAUGCAGCUGUGAAAGCCCUCAAGGAAGAGAUGUCUGACUUCGACGACGACAAAGGCGAAUGCGACCAGUUAGUGGAAGUGCUCAGUUUCAAUGACGUUACAGUUAAGAAGAAAUCGUUAGCCAAGAAGAAGAACAGCAAGAAACGGCCCUUAGCCAUGGAGAAGAGUACUCCUGAUCGCAAAGCAAAGAAAAUCCUCAACGGUUCAAUCAAGCUAUCUCUCAGAGCUUUCUCCCAAAUGGAAAAGAUUAAGAGUAAAAUGCCCAGCAUACGUUUCCUCAGCGAGAGCAAGAAACACCAGCUGAACAUACAAAAUGUGCUGAAAAACUCCAACUGCACACCGUUCUCGAAUAAAACUCUAGCUGGCAUAUUCUGCGCGUAUUGCAAAGAAAGUUAUACAGACAUACAGAAUCUCCGAACCCACACCCACGAAAUGCACAAAGACGACGAAAUAAAUGAAAACAAAAGAAUGGACAGAAACAAUAUUUGCGUUAAAAUGGAUAUAACAGAUUUGAAAUGCAACAUGUGCAAUGCUAAUUUUGAUAUUGUAGCCAAUCUGAAGAAACAUCUGACGAAAGAGCACGACGUGAAAUUCUACCCGGAUGUGAACGAUUACAUUUUAGAAUUCAAACUGACAGAAACAGAAAUACUCAAUUGUGCUCUGUGCAAUUCUAAGUUUGAAACGUUUAAAAUGUUAUUGCAGCAUAUGAACGGACAUUACAGAAAUUAUAUAUGUGACGUUUGCGACAUGGGCUUUAUAAACAAGCACAGGUUGAAGAAUCACCAGCGCACUCAUGAAGUUGGCAGUUUCAAAUGUGCUUACUGCGAUAAAGUGUUCACAACUCGUGUUAGAAAGAUGUGCCACGAAAAGUACACGCACAAUACUAAUGCAAGAUACACGACAACAUGUCCGCAAUGCGAUCAAUCUUUCACGAGUUAUUACCAAAGAAACAGGCAUAUGUUUAAGGAACACAACUCCGUCGCAGCAACUUAUAAGUGUAAUAUUUGUGAUAAAUCCUUCAUAUUGAAAUCUAAAUUGACUUCUCAUAUUAAAAAAGUGCAUCUAAUGGAAAGGAAUCAUAUAUGUACGGAGUGCGGACAAGGUUUUUUUAUAAAACAAUCUUUAGACGAACACAUGAUUAAGCAUAAUGGUGAAAGAGUUUUUAAGUGCACAGUGUGUCAUAAGGCUUACGCUAGGAAGAAGACUUUAAGGGAACACAUGAGGAUUCACAAUAACGAUAGAAGAUUCAAGUGUGGUGUUUGUGGUUCAGCGUUUGUUCAAAAGUGUAGUCUUAAGAGUCAUAUGCUUUCUAACCACGGUAUAACUUUGUCGGAGUAUGAAACAGCUCAGAUUGGUUUGGCCAGUCCGUAACGUUGUUUGUAUUAGAUAUUAGAAUUUAUUUAUUGUGUAUAAAAAUUAUAUGUUGAGUACUUAUAGUAUCAUAUUUAAUUUUCAAAUUGAUACUUAUAUAUAUGCUUGUUAUCUCAUAGGACUUAGUUAUGAAUACUAAAAAUAGUGUUGUUCGUUAAAUAACUGAGUGACGAGAUACCGUAACAAAUGACAGGUCAACAUCCUGUCGCUUACAUGACGUGCAAUAAAAUAUUAAUUUCGUAAUUGGACUUUUAUGAUUUGUGUUAGGCUCCAUGUCCAGCGUUAAACUACGUUUAUGUAUUUUCGGAAUAAAUAAAAAAGGUUGGAUAGGUCUAAGCUCCUAUGUCAUUAUCUUCACUCUCCUAUAUUCAAUGCAAAUAGGCCAUGAAUUAAAAAAGAAGAAGAGAACGUGCUUCAUUUCAUAUGGCAUAUAAGCGAGUUAUGUACAAUUAAAUUCAAUAUAGUCCGUUCCAUCAGAAGUGCUGAAAAAUAUAAACAAAUAUGGCGACAUGACAGUUUUAGUGAUGGGACGUAUUAAUGAACCGAUUGAUUGAACUAUCUCAUUCAUGUCAUUCAGUGACUGACAUUUUCGCCACUUUUGAUGGGAUAAGGUAUCAUAUUAUUCUUCAUAUAUGUUAGUUGAAGGAAUAAUGUAAUAUUUUUAUUAUUUGCGAGUCAACCACUUCUUUGGCAACAAAUGCAGCAACGUAUACGCGUUGUUGGACCACUGGAAAUUAUUUUUACGUAAAGUACAUACACAUGGAUGGACCAGGAACAUUUAGAAAUAAUACCGUUUGGUGAAUCAUAGACAAUUAUUUUUAUAUUUGAAGAGGAAAUUUCCUCUUCAAACUUGUUUAACAAUUGUGUAGUUAUAUUUUAUGUUAUAGUAAGUUUACAUUACAACUAUUUUAUGUGCAAUAAGUAAACUUUUAUUAAUGUUAAAGCAUAAAGCGACUUUUGGUAUUUAAAAUGUCGUAUUUUUUUUUUUACAAUUGAAAAUGGAUCUUUCACGAUGUUAUUUAAAAUUAAUUUUAUUUAUUUCCUAAUAAAAUUAGUGGAAUGAUUUGUUGUUUAUCUUGUGAAGUCUGAUUUAUUUGUGAAGUGCAAACAGGUGCUGCAGGCUAAUUCUGCUAAUGUUUGCGUGGUUAACUUCUUACAUUGUACCAGUAUGCUAUCUACCUAGUCCAGUAAUAUUAUAUAUCUGUCAACAUUGAUCUGUGAGGAAGAUAUCGCACUAAUAAUAUUGAACUUCAGGUAGAUGGUACAAUGGUUAUGCUCGAAAUUGCGUUCGAAGCUGAUUAUUCUACAGAGUAGGAAAGCGGAACUGUUUGGAUUCGUCGAAAUAGUUCUAAGGGGCCGCUUCCACUAGCGGUAUGGUACGGUAAGGUUUUUGUUUUUCGAUAAAUAAGAUAUAACUCCCCUGUCUUCUCAUGUCACUAGUAGAAGCUACCCCAGCAAGGCAUCAUCCAUUUGUUACGUAAGACUAAGAUUAAGGGAGGGGAUGGAUGGGAGGGGAGGACCAGGUCUUGUGUUUUCUAUAAUAGUAGCUGUUUUCCCGCGACUUUGCUCGCGUAAAUUAUAACCCGAGUAUGAUGUCACUUCAGGUAGGUGUAAGAAUUUAAAAAAUCAGUUUAUCAGUUUCGGAGCCUGUGCAAACAAACAAACCGAUUAAGAGGUUUCGAAUGAGGUAUACUUUUUUCCAUACCUCCGAUAAUAUUAGGGCGACCUCCAUGAUAUACACUCGCAAAAAGAAUAUUUCCUGAAAUAGAUUUUCGAGAAAGAAAAUCUAUUUUAGUAAUUUUUCUUUAAUUCUUAGGUAAAAUUAUUUAACAGGGUGAAAGGGUCGGCAGAUUUCUUUUUUGUUACUUAAAAGGGGUUACCAAAAUUUGGCAAAAAUAGUCUUACGUAAUAAACGAAUAGCGCCCAAAUCGAUGACUUAUUAUGACCGUCCAUUGAAGUCGUCACAAUUGUAUAUAUUUUUGUUGUAAUUUGUACAGUUUUGUUAUGUUAAAUGUAAUAGUGCAAUAAAUAAUUUUUAAAGGU